AAUGGGAUUUUUAAAAUUAAAUAUUGGUAUAUAGGUGUAGGAAUAGUUGGUGGUUCAAUGUUUUCCUUUUUAUUUUUGUAUCACAAAAUGUUAGGUGAUCGACAACACACUACCGCACAGUAGGUGGCGGGAUGCACAAACAAAAUGUGUGAACGCCAUGACACCAAAGAAUAAGACGUAAACGGACGUGACAAAGGACAGUUUCCACGUUAGUGUUUUUAGUCGUUUAUUAACACACUGGAAAUCAAAAUGACUAAUUUAAAGGCACAUAAUCACAUAAUUCGCGUUGGAGUCAGGACUUAUCUAGGUAACGAUAGCUAGCUGCUAACGUUAGCUAACAAUGGCUAACUGUAACGUUAUGGUUUUUCACACUCAAAUAGCCUCCAUCAUGGAGGUGUUAGCGAGUGCAGCCGUGGCAGAUAUAUGUAAACUUGUAGACGACGACUAUGCAGUGUUUCGUUUGGAAAUAACUCAAAGCCAGAAAGAAAACAGGACAUUGAGGAGGAAACUACAGCUACUGGAACUGAAGGUGGCACGGGAGCGCGCAGAGAGGACAAUGCAACAGCGCGUCGUCGCCAGUCGUCCCAGAAGUGUCAAGAUCCUCGACCGAUAUAGAGGAAUGGCAAGAGGUGAAGGACAUCUCACUGGAGGCCACAGGAGCUUUGUGAAGCCAGCAGGACACAAUGCAUGGAGCGAUGACCAACCAAUCACUGUUGAUGAGGGGAGUGAAACCUCAACCCAGCAUGUUAUCGUGUUAGAGUCUGCAGAUGCCACGGCUGCAGGUCCUGGGGUCAAGCAGGAGAGGACUGAAGGAGAGGAGGACCCACGGCACAGCAGAGACAAUCAGUCUGGUGCAGCUGUAGCCAUGGAGGACCCUGCCACCACCCCAGCGCAGCCCAGCUCCCGACGCAGCAUGACGGAGGUCAGUGGAACGCUGAACGCCGUCCUCAAGUCAGAGACGGACACCAAGACUUUAACUGUAACACACAGGCCUUUACACACAGGAUCUGACGACAGGUCAGACCCAGAGAGUCUGGGACUGGGGAGACUGGGCUGUCCUCCUGCUCCCGGGUCAGAGUAUUUACUUUAUGGUAACCGAAGCCUGGUUCAUUCCCAUCGGGUCUCAGGUGACGCGUUAGAAACUGGCAAUUAUCUAUCUUUCUCUUACCCUACAGAGAUGGAUCCUGGCAACAUAUCCAUGGGUUUAGAGAGACAGGCUGAUCCGUCUAGAGGGGACUGGAACCGAUACAGUAGUAGUGUAUACUCUGAGGGGUGCCUAGAUAAGAAAGGGGAAGGUCUGGUCGAAGAUGAAGUGACUGUGAAAGUGGAGGGCGACUUUCCUCCCACAUGGAAUGCAGCUUGUCACCUAGGAGAUGGAUUCUCACAGGGCAGAGAUUUCUUAGAUUACAGUUUAAAGACCAAUCUAAAUGUCCCGACCCACUCCCCUUUACACGCGCUCAGGGAUCGCGGCCCAGUGUCCACGUCGAUGGCGCCUUCCGAUUUACAAGGCCGCGUCCUUUUCGAUCAGGUAUUGAACUCAAACGACAGGGCUAGAGUCCAGACUCAGGGAAAGGGAGCCACAUCAGGCAGUAGUAAAGAGAAACGGUUCCUCUGCAUGUUCUGUAACAAAGCCUUCAGCUGCACCCAGAAGGUAGAGAUCCACCAGAGGAUCCACACAGGGGUGAAACCCUUUAACUGUACCCAGUGUCACAUGCGCUUUGCCCAGGCUGGCCACCUGAAGAGGCACCAGAGGGUCCACACAGGGGUGAAACCCUUCAGCUGUACCCAGUGUCAAAUGCGCUUUGCCCAGGCUGGUGACCUGAAGAGGCACCAGAGGGUCCACACAGGGGAGAAACCCUUCUGCUGCCAGCUGUGUGAGAAGAGGUUCUCCCGCCAGCACCAGCUGAAGAUGCACCUGAAGAUCCACACGGGAGAGAGGCCAUUCUCCUGAAGGCAUAUAUAGAUUUCUGUGUUGAAUAUUGCUGGGUAGAAUAUUUCAUCCAGACAUUGUGUGAUAUAAGGCAUACACACACACACACACGGAAUCAUAUAGUAACCCAGAAAGUGGUAAACAAAUCAAAGUAGCUGCCCUUUGCCUUGAUGACAGCUUUGGCAUUUUUUCAACCAGCUUCACCUAGAAUGCUUUUCCAAUGGUCUUGAAGGACUUCCCACAUAAGCGGAGCACUUGUUGGCUGCUUUUCCUUCACUCUACGGUCCAGCUCAUCCCAAACCAUCUCAAUCGGUUAGAGGUCAGGUGAUUGUGGAGGCCAGGUCAUCUGAUGCAGUACUCCAUCACUCUCCUCCUUGGUCAAAUAGCCCUUACACAGCCUGGAGGUGUGUUGGGUCAUUGUCCUGUUGAAAAAUAAAUGAUAGUCCCUCCUAAGCACAAACCAGAUGGGAUGGCGUAUCGUAGCAGAAUGCUGUGGUAGCCAUGCUGGUUAAGGGUGGUUUGAAUUCUAAAUAAAUCACACCACUUCCUCCAUACUCCAGUGGGAACUACACAUGCAGAGAUCAUCCGUUCACCAACUCUGCGUCUCACAGACACGGCGGUAGGAGCCAAUAAUCUCAAAUUUGAACUCAUCAGACCAAAUGACAGAUUUCCACCAGUCUAAUGUCCAUUGCUCGUGUUUCUUGGCCCAUGCAAGUAUUCUUAUUGGUGUCCUUUAGUAGUGGUUUAUUUUCAGCAAUUCGACCAUGAAGGCCUGAUUCACACAGUCUCCUCUGAACAGUUGAUGUUGAAAGGUGUCUGUUACUUGAACUCUGAAGCAUUUAUUUGGGCUGGAAUUCAUGAGGCUGGUAACUAAUGAACUUAUCCUCUGUAUUCUGCCCUUGAGUUACGUUCUAACAGGAUGGCAGCACACUCUGCAACAGAGGUAACACUGGGUCUUGAAGAAAACGUUCAAAGUUCUUGAAAUUUUCCAGGUUUGACUGACCGUUAUUUUAAAGUAAUGACAGACUGUUGUUUCUUUUUGCUUAUUUGAGAUAGCCCUAUUUGGUAAAAUACCAAGUCCAUCUUCUGUAUACCACCCCUACCUUGUCACAACACAACUGAUUAGCUCAAACGCAUUAAGGAAAGAAAUGUCACAAAUUUACUUAACAAGGCAUACCUAUUAAUUUAAAUGCAUUCCAGGUGACUACAUCAUGAAGCUGGUCGAGAGAAUGCCAAGAGUGUGCAAAGCUGUCAAGGCAAAGGGUGGCUACUUUGAAGAAUCUCAAAUACAAAAUAUAUUUUGAUUUAUUUAACACUUUUUUUGGUUACUACAUGAUUCCAUAGUUUGUCUUCACUAUUCUACAAUGUAGAAAGUAGUAAAAAUAAAGAAAAACCCUGGAAUGAGUAGGUGUGUCCAAACUUUUGACUGGUCCUGUAAAUAAAUGUGUAUAUUUGUUGUAUUAUACAGGGCGCAUUUGAAAAGGAGACCUAGGUUUCAAUAUGUCCUCCAUGUAAAAAAAAGGUUAAAUAAAAUACUCUGACAACA